AUGAUUAAGAGGCAGGGGAACUUCUCUCACAAGCAAAGGGUGGACGACAUUGACGAGUUCAUUUCCGCCACCACCUUGGACUGCCCCAUGGGCCGGACUCCCCAGGCCACUGGGAAAAACAAAAGUCCCAGCAGGAAAUCCUGGAAGAUGCCUCAGCUUCUGGACAGCAUCUGCACCAUCCUCGGUGUCUUUUACAAGCAUGCCAAGUGGAAUGGGGACUGCUCCACCCUGGAGAGGAGGGAGAUGAAAGGGCUGAUCUGGAAGGAAUUCUUGGAGGUCACCCAGAAACCUUGUGACCCGGAGAUGGUUGAGCAGACCUUCCGGCUGCUGGACACAAAUGAGGAUGGCCCAGUUGACUUCAAUGAGUACCUGAUGCUCAUCUUCAAAGUGGCCAAGGCCUGCUACAGCCACCUGCAUCCCAGAGAAUGCCUUCAUCAGGAGGAGGGGGAGGCCAGAAGAGCUCAAAGAGGAGAGCUAUGGGGGGAUGCAAGGGACCAUCGUCAACUAUGUGAAGAUAAAAGAGAAGAAAACUACAACCGUGAGAGACGAGAUUCUGACUGGACACGCCUUCGUCCAAUUGAAGGUACCACACGAAGAGGGGAGGAGAGGAGAGAUUACCUUCCACGUGAGCUUGGAGCCCAAUUGGAUGAGAGGAGCCGCCAAACACAUGAUCCUCAGUUGAGAGAUGAUCGUGGGAGAGACCGUCCAUCCCGUGAGCCUCAGAAAUGGGAAGAUGAGUUCGAGGAGUGUCCACAUGAGUCUGAGCCACAGGCAGACGAAGGGAACCAGACAUGGAAGAUGAUCGUCAGCAUCGGUCACGAGAUCUUGGGCCGAGAGACGAUGCUGAAAGAUGCCAUCUCGCACGUGGGUCUCAGCCACAGGAAGGCGAAGAAAGAGACCAAUAUUCCCGAGAGGCCCCACAAAGAUGGGAACAUGGGAGGCAAAGUCGUAGCCGAGAAACUAAGCACCAAGUGGAUGAGGAGAACCUGA